AUUCUGCGUACACAUACGCUUAAAUUAAAUACUUUGGCUUAAUUAAAUACUUCCGCGGCGUCGUUGUCGUUGUUGUUAUUUUUCCUCUUCUUCACGCGCUUGUCUACGGUUAUCGAUUCUCGUCGUCUCGCUCCCCCGCACGCAGCGAGUUGUUGUUUGUUUGUUGUUUGUGUCUGUCGCUCACUCUCUCUCCCUGUCUCUCUCUCGCCGCCGUCGCGUUUGCGUUUUGUUUGUGUACUGAAAAGAGGCAGCAACAAAAUAAAAGCUAAAAGACUGCGAAAAAGCAUAAAUAAUAAACAACGAGACAAGUGCAAAAAGCGCAGCGGAAAGGCCAGCUGGUAAAUCCAACUUAAAAGAACAGCCAGAGGAAACCGGAAAAUUUAUCACGCAAAUCAAAAGUGCAAUAAAAAAUUGAAAGUGUGUAAAACACGCCCAGAAGGAAGUUGAAGCGAGGCGAAUAGUAAAUAAAUAAGAAGAACAGACAGCUACACCGUCAUAACCCAAACAUCCUACAUCAACAACAAUUACAAAGUAAACAUUUACAACUCAUUUCUCGCUGAAGAGAUUCGAGUGUAAGCCAACACAAAAAAACCGCGUCCCCAUUUUAAAAGCCUUUUAAGCCAAGAUCUCAAAGUUAGCGCGUCUUCGUCGCACGUAACUUGAAAAUAUCUUCCGUGCAACCACUGGGCCCAGGCCUCAAAUCCGCCAAAAUUCUACACCCACAAACUUUAAUCAGCCCCGAGAUUUCGCUCCAAUUUGCAACGCCUACCGCAAUGCCCUACAACGGCGCUAGUAAUGGCAGUGGCGCAAGUGGCGCCGGAGGAGGGGCCACCAUAGUCGUCACCGAGGGGCCGCAGAACAAAAAGAUUCGCACCGUCCAGCAGCCCUGUGAAAACGAUGUGCACAUGCAUGCUAGGUCCACACAACAACAGAACCAGCAGCAAGCACUUAUGAACAAGUCAAAUGACGACCUACGGAGAAAGCGUCCCGAGACUACACGGCCAAAUCACAUUCUACUCUUCACCAUCAUAAAUCCUUUUUAUCCCAUCACAGUUGAUGUCUUGCAUAAGAUCUGCCAUCCACAUGGCCAAGUAAUGCGUAUUGUCAUCUUCAAGAAAAACGGAGUUCAGGCCAUGGUGGAGUUUGAUAAUCUGGAUGCUUCUACCAGGGCUCGCGAGAAUCUAAAUGGCGCCGACAUCUACGCCGGUUGCUGCACAUUGAAAAUUGAUUAUGCCAAGCCAGAGAAGUUGAAUGUUUACAAGAAUGAGCCCGACACCAGCUGGGACUAUACCCUCAGCACAGGUGAGAUUCUACAAAUUAAGGAGAUUGGAAAUGGCCGCUCGCCAUUACUACAGGAGCCUCUAUACGGUACACGACCUCAGCCCUACAGUAAGUCGCUGUUUUCUAUACCCGAAAAUGUUGUUAUGCUUGAGAGCCUACCGACACUGCCGACACCACAACAACAACAUGUACCGACACAUCACCAACUCCACCACCACCACCACCAACAACAACAACAACACCAACAACAACAACAACAACAUCAACAAGCUCCACAACAACAACAACAACACCAUCACCACCAUCAACUAGUUGUCCCAGCUCAAUCGCACAAUCUUUGUCAAUUUAAAGAGCCACCACUAUUGGGACCCGGGGCCGCCUUCCCACCAUUCGGAGCCCCAGAAUAUCAUCCAACCACUCCCGAGAACUGGAAGGGCGCCGCCAUCCAUCCCACUGGCUUGAUGAAGGAACCCGCCGGUGUUGUUCCCGGACGCAACGCCCAGGUGGCCUUCACUCCGCAAGGACAGGCUCAGGGCGCCGUCAUGAUGGUCUACGGCCUGGACCACGACACUUCCAACACGGAUAAGCUCUUCAAUUUGGUUUGCCUGUACGGCAAUGUGGCACGGAUCAAGUUCUUGAAGACCAAAGAAGGCACCGCCAUGGUGCAAAUGGGCGACUCGGUGGCCGUUGAGCGUUGCGUACAGCACUUGAACAACAUUCCCGUGGGCACUGGCGGCAAAAUACAGAUCGCAUUCUCAAAACAGAAUUUCCUUUCCGAGGUGAUCAACCCGUUCUUGCUCCCCGAUCAUACACCCAGCUUCAAGGAGUACACUGGCUCCAAGAACAAUCGAUUCCUGUCGCCGGCCCAGGCCAGCAAGAAUCGCAUCCAACCACCUAGCAAGAUUUUGCACUUUUUCAACACACCGCCCGGCUUGACCGAGGAUCAGUUGAUUGGAAUCUUUAACAUCAAGGAUGUGCCAGCCACCUCGGUGCGCCUGUUCCCCUUGAAGACCGAGCGCUCGUCAUCGGGAUUGAUCGAGUUCCCCAAUAUCUCACAGGCAGUGCUGGCUAUCAUGAAGUGCAACCAUCUGCCUAUUGAGGGUAAAGGCACCAAGUUCCCAUUCAUCAUGAAGCUGUGCUUUUCCUCGUCCAAGAGCAUGAAUGGGGCCUGGAAUAAUGCGGCCAGCGAGGGCAUGAUCGAGAAGGAGAACGAGGUCGACACCAAGGUGGACAUCUACAAUUGAGAUUUGAUUUCGAUUGUGUAAGCAAGCAAACAACAACCGGCUUAUCUAGAACACAAUACAAAACUAUACUGAAGGGAGGGGCAUUGGUCGUAGACAACAGGCAAAAGACAACAACAACAGCAGCAGGAGCAGCAGCAGCAGCAGCAGCAAAUGCAGCAGCUACAGCUUCAAUUUCAACUUUAACUUCAACAACAGAUCGACAAACUUGAUGAUGGCUUACACAUUCGAUAAAAUAUGCUGACGGAGAGGGCUGCGGCAACAAGUGAAGAAUUUUAAACAAAUUGAUUGCUAAAUCAACUUAUAAAACCAACUACCAUUAAUUCAAUUAAGCGCAAACGCAUGUAACUUUUCUACGAGCCAUUUGCAUAGAUUUUCUGAAUUCACCAUAUAUCAAUUCAGCUAAUUAAUAUGACAGCCUAUGUACGAUAUGGCCUCGUUCAAAAGCCACACCGAAUAAACACUUAUGCACAUUACAUUACAUUACAUGCGUUUGCGUGGCAACAACAAAACAUGCAAAAUAAUGUAAAAAAAAUUUGAAUUGUUAUUAUUGUUACAAUGAAGCAUUAGGACUUUCUCACACAACAGCAAGAAAACGGAAACAAAAACCAAUUGUAAACUAUGUAAUGUUUAAUUGAUAAAAAACGACAAACAAACCAAACCAAAAAUAAAUAAUUGUAAUUCAAAACGAAA